AUGGUUUCUUCUUCUAUGGCUAGACAAUCGUCAAUUACGGUGGCGGUACGAGUUAGACCCUUUAAUGAAACUGAAUUGUCAAAUUUAAUCCAAACAGAUCAAUCAAUAAAGACAAAAUUAACUAAUUUUCCGUACCCUAUAAAAUCUAACAAUAAUGAAUCGAUUAAUAUGACAGGAGAUUCCAGUCUUUCAUUACCUAAUAAUUUAAAAGAAAAUAAUAAUAAAGAUGAUAAGAUAACAACAACAACAACAAACAAUAACAGUAAUAAAUUGAUAAGAUCAAAUGGUAUAUGGAAAUUAAUUGAUUGUGUUGAUGAUAAAAUGUUAAUAUUUGAUCCUAUUGAGAGAAGUCCUUUAAAUUUAAUGAGUGAAAAUCUCUUGAAUAGUACAUAUUUUCAAAGAAGGAAAAAUAGACAAAGAAGAAGAAGAAGAUACUCAUUCAAGACAAAUGUUUAUAAUGAUAACGAUCCUACAAAGAGACAAUUUAAUAAAUUAAAUGAUAAUAAUAGUAAUGAUGAUAAUGAUGAUUCUGAAGAAAUUAAAUUUGUCUUUGAUAAAUUAUUUGAUGAUAAUUCUACUCAGGAAGAAGUUUAUGAAAAUACUACAAGUCCCUUAAUUACAUCAAUCUUAGAAGGAUUUAAUGCAACAAUAUUUGCUUAUGGUGCAACAGGUUGUGGUAAAACAUAUACAGUAAGUGGUACCCCAGAGGCUCCUGGAAUAAUUUUUCAAGCAAUGGAAGAAUUAUUUAAUAAAAUUGAAAAUUUAAAAGAUACUCAAAAUUUUGAAAUAUCAUUAUCAUUUUUAGAAAUUUAUAAUGAACGAAUAAGAGAUUUGUUAAAUCCAGAGACAAAUUAUAAAAAAUUAGUAAUAAGAGAAGAUGAUAAUAAACGUACUACUGUAGCAAAUUUAUCACAUCACUAUCCAAAGACUGUUCAAGACGUAAUUGAUUUAGUAAUCAAAGGUAAUAUUAAUAGAACAACAUCAGCCACUGAAGCUAAUGAAGUAUCAUCACGAUCUCAUGCAGUUUUACAAGUUCAUAUAAUUCAAACAAAUAAAACAGUUGAUUUAACUUCACAACAUAAAUAUGCAACAUUAUCAAUUAUUGAUCUUGCAGGUAGUGAACGUGCGGCAUCAACAAAAAAUAGAGGUAAAAGACUUCAUGAAGGUGCAAAUAUUAAUAGAUCUUUAUUAGCAUUAGGAAAUUGUAUCAAUGCAUUAUGUAUUGAUAAUGGUAAUAAUAUACGAUCGAAUCAUAUUCCAUAUAGAGAUUCAAAAUUGACAAGACUACUUAAAUUUUCACUAGGUGGUAAUUGUAAAACUGUUAUGAUUGUUUGUAUAUCGCCAAGUAGUUCACAUUAUGAUGAAACUUUGAAUACAUUAAAAUAUGCGAAUCGUGCUAAAGAGAUUAAGACUAAAAUUAUUAGAAAUCAACAAUCAUUGAAUAGACAUGUUGGAUCAUAUUUAAAGAUGAUAACUGAACAAAAAAAAGAGAUUGAAAUAUUACGUAAAAGAGAAUCAGAAAUGAUUGAAUUAAAAUUAAAUCAAUUAAAGACAAAUUAUAAAAAAAUUGAAAAUAAAUUUGAACAAAUUUUUAAUAAUAUUGAAUUACAAUAUUCAACAAAUGAAAGAUAUAUUAAUUUAAAGAUAUUAAGAUCAUUAACAUUGGUUAAGAGACGUUUUUUACAAUUAAUUAAAAUUGAAAUUGAUAAUGUGAUGAAUUAUAUUACAGAUAAACAAAUUAUUAAUAAUUGUGAAUUAAUUAAGAUUCAAAUAAUUGAAAAGAUUAAAGAAUUAGAGAUUAAAUUUGAUUCAAAGGAUGAAUUAGAUUUAGUAAUUAAACAUGUUAAAGAAGUUGAUUAUUUAAAAUUAAAAGAAAUGGAAGAUUGGAAUGAUUGUAUUUAUGAAACAAUAUUUGAAAAUAAAUUUUUACAAAUUGAAGAAAGUUUAAAAAAUGAAAUUAUGAUUAAUUCAUCAAUAAUAAUCGAAAAAUUAUUUAAUGAUAAAAUUUUAUUAAAAAGGUUUAAAUUUUUUACGGAUUGUUUAAUUAAUGAAAAGGAUAUUAAUUUAAUGAUACAAGAUUUAGUUAAUAUUGAUAAAGAAUUUGAUGAAUUUGCUAAACAAUUUUUAUUAGCAACAAAUAAUUCCAUUCAAAGUAACAGUAAUUUGAUGAAUAAAAAGGAGAAGAAAUUAAGAUGGUCAGAUUCUUUAAUUGAACCAAUUUUAAAAUUUCCAAUAAAUAAUAAUAAUAAUAGAAUAGUUUCAGAUUCUAUGGAAAUUGAUAUGAGUUUACAAGAUACAACAAUGACCACACAAGAUAGUCUAACAAACGAAAAUAAAUUAACAAUUGAUACUAAUAAUGAUGUAAUUAAUAAUAGUAUUGCUGAUACAAGUUAUAUUAAUAAUGGAGAUCGGAGUACAAUUAUCAAUAAUAAUAGUAAUACUAGUAAUAAUAUCGGAUCAAUGCUAUUAAGACGAAAUUUCCUUACAGACGAUUCAUAG